GUCACGUGACCAGAAGUUAAAAACGAGCGGUUCGGUUUGUGGAAUGAAAACAAUCCCAUGAGGUUAUAUGCAUUUUUAACAAUACCCAUAUGGAAAAGAAGGUAAACAGCGUCAUGUUUUCGAGUAAUAACUAUAAGGCGGUACGAUGACGCUCCAAAUCCGUACCUGCGGACCCUUGAGUCAACACGUUGGCUGCCUGUUAAGGAUGCCAGCCAACAGAGUUAAUGGUAGCAUGAGCUAUACAAGGUGACGAAAAUAGGAUCAUAAUCAUGAACGACUCGGACCAGGACUUUGUUGAUCUCUGCUCCAAGCUGCUGAAACGUUCCCGCAAGAAGGUUGAACCCAAACACCAUGGCAGCUCAGACCAGAAGCACCCAAGCCAGUCAAGUGAUGGAGGCAAGAAAAGAAACAAGGAGGUCUAUGUUCGUUCUGGAGUCGUGGGAAAUGGUGGGGAUGAUUUAGGAGAUGCUGUGGCAGCUUCAGAACAAAGGAUCGAGAAGCGGGUGAGGGCUAAAGAGAAAGUUCUUAAGAGGAUGGAGCAUUUCAAGAGAGCAAGUCCACCGAAGAUGGUGCACAAGGAUCACCCUGCAGGGAUGGAGCAAGAUAUACCACAGUCGUCCUCUUCAGACGUCCAUCUGAGGCCAGUAGAUAACGAUGAGGUUCUGGCUAUGCGACUACAGCAGGAGCUUGACCGUGAGGCAACACAGGCCCGCACACUGGACCUGGAUGAUGGAGGCCUCUUCUUCUGUCAGAUCUGUCACCGAGAUCUGUCUCAUAUGACACCUGAUGGUCGGAUGCAGCACAUCAACAGAUGUUUGGACAACACUGAACACCAAAUAGCUGCUCCUCCUCCUCCUCCUCCUCCUGGUGUCCCUGACUGUCCGAUAUGUGGCAAGAGGUUUAAGACACAGAAAAGUCGCUCCACCCACCUGAAGCGCUGUUCCUCAGACAUGGGAGUCAGCCCUGCCGACCUGUUGCAGGCACUACAGAGGCAGGCUGAGGAGACACAAAGUGCAGCCGCUACCAACGUGAACUUACAGACCGGAGCAGCAAAAAGGAAAGGCAAAACUAAAUCAGGACUACCAGCAAAAAAGAAGCCCAGAAAAGGGACUGAACCCCUGGAUGAGGACACCAUGGUGGCCCUGGCGAUGUCCUCGUCCCUGUUAGAACAACAUAAAGAGCAACAGAGUACGUCCAACGCACAGACAGCUUCUCAUUCGUCCAUGACUCCUGUAUUAAAGUGGAGGUCAGAUGCAGGUAAGGGGCGUGAGAAGAGAAAAAAGGGCGCCGUCCCUCGUCCGCCUCCUAUCCUCCUCAUCCAGGAUGCUGAUGCGGCCCUGACGAGGCUGCAGGAACGUGUUUCUGCACUCCUCCUACGCAGUCGAGCUCCAUCUCCACCGACUCCCACCCGCUGUCCCAGCGCAUUGUCUGUCUUGAAUGGUGCCGCCCCCUUAUGGCAGAAAAGUGCACUACUCAAGGGAGACGCCAGUGCCUGGGACUUCUUCGUCCCGGAGCUGAAAGACUUCAUCACACCUUGGGAAUCAGCACAGACCGUUUCUGCUUCCUUCCCCACCACCGACCAGCCUAGUUCUUCUAUCCAACCCGUGAGUGAAGGUCCUACCGUCUCCAAAGCUUCCACCCUGUUAUCCUCCCAAACGGAUGCUGGCUCUUCACUUCCCUCCACUCCGGACACUGGCCAUCUUCCAGCGAGCAGCCAGGCCCUGAAAGACCUGGUGGAGCUGGCUGAUGAUUUCUUAGCUGGAGCCCAUUGCCACCAUAAUGCUUCUUGUCCCGACAGUAUGACAACAAACCUCCAAGCGAGCGGCUUCCUUCCAGACGAGAAGGCUGACAUAUGUGUGAGUGGCUUUUUUCCUGAAACUGCACACCCCCCUUCACAUGACCUCCAGGACCAAGCAGGAAAGUCCUUAUGUCAGCCUGGAGCAGAUAAAGACCAUAGCAGCCAGCUACCUGUGGCGCUAUCCGCACUGGUAUCAAACCUGAGCAGCAUGGUUAACAACCCUCAGCUCAGUGACUUGCAACUCCAGGUGGACAGUGGGGAGGUGUUCUUUGCCCAUUCCUUCAUGGUGUAUGCACGCUGCCCCCUCCUGGCACAAAUGAUGCACGAAAGUGGGUUUGGGGUGCAAGAGGAGGGAAUGCCCGCAGCUCAGAGGGUGUUGAUCAGUGAUAUACCCGGAGAGGCGGUGUUGGUUCUGUUGCAGUACCUGUACACGGCCCAGUUUUCCCUUCCGUCAUCUUUGCAGCCUCAUGUACUGGAGUUGGCAUCCAGGUUUGAUUUACAAGAACUGCAGCAGCUAUGCGAGCUUCACGUAGAAGACGCCUCGGCUAAUGAUGGAGACUCCAGCAACCACGUGGAGCCUCUCAGCAGCCGCACCGACAAGGACCUGGCGGCGCUCUUCAACUCCAUGUGGAGUCACGAGGACGAUGCGGACGACGGAGAAGGCGGUGACGGGAACGCUCUUGAAAAGGCUGCUGACGUCACAUUAAGCGAACGGGAGAUCCACGAUGAGCAAGUGAAUCAGGAAGAGCUGGAUGAGAUUUAUGAGUUUGCUGCUACACAGAGAAAUAGAAACGAGGAGAAGGAGAGCAUGGAAGAGAGUGACGGAGUUGAUGGAGGAGCGUUAAGCAAACAGAUUCAACCAAGAAGGACUUCGGUAGAAUGUAGUGAAAAAAUCCCACAGCUGAAAUAUGACUCUGAAAUGGACCGUAGCUUGGAGAGCAGCUAUAAUCGCCUCUUCUCAGACGCCGAAGGUGUCUACAAAGACGAGGAAGCCUCCUUCUGUCAUCCUUCCUCUAGUAUGCUGAAAAACGAAUCGCCUCAUAUGUCUCCUUCAUCUAAGCUAUCUGCUAGAACUGUGCUUCAGUCCUCAGCGAGUGUGGGCAGUGAGCUUUCCCCCAGUACGUCCAACUUGCCCAUCCCGGGUGUAUCUCCAGGAAACCGGUCACCUUCAAAGCCACAAAGUCAAGUCCCAUUGAUUUCUAAUUCACUUCUCAACAAAGAACCAGAACUGAUAGUUUUGUCAGACUCAAGCGAGGAAAUGGAGGUCGCAAUCAAGCAGAACUACACUCACUUAAAACCCAGAGAGUCCUCAGAGGAGAAGUUCAGCCCUAAGGAACCAUCUCAUAACCAACCCAAUCUAAGCUGUGAGCAGAUGAAUGUAGAUUGUUCUCCAGAGGUUUCCUGGCUCAUCCCUUCUACUCCGAUCCGCUGCAGCCCCGCAAGCACAAGCAGGGACAGUUCUACUCAGACCAAAAGCAGCAUAUGUAGGACACGGUUGUUCCCUAAAGAUGACACUUCAAUCUCAUCAACAUUCAACAACAAACCUAAGGCACCCACUGGUGCCAUGUUGAAACUGGACAAAGCGGAAGUGGACUCUCCAGUGUUUGUGAACCCAAAAUCCUUGCACCUCUCAAACCUUUCUCAUCAUCACAGUUCCUCAAAGCAGGAGGCAUCUCUCCUACUUCACAACAAACCUUACAGCAGCACCCCCCUGCACACAGACGUGCUCCAGCACCAUGUCAGGCCUGAUACGUCGCCUUUCUGCACAGCCCCUGAUGUACAGAGGUCCCUCAGUCAAGAGUGUCAUGGGUCACCUUAUGAGAAGAUGGAAUUUGGGAGCUUGCAUUUGUCCCCUUUUUCUGACCCUUCAGACCCACCCUCAUGUGUUUCUCAUACAAGUGUUCAGAAACGCAGUAAAUACUCCAGUGAAAGUGCUGCUGGGUCCAUGAUAUUGAGUAGAACAACAAGUGAUGAAGAACAUUUAGAGGCAGUGUCGGAUAGGAGAAGCAAAGAUGAAGGAGAGCAAAUAGAAGCAAGAAGUGAAAGUGGACCGCAAGAUGCCGAACAGUCUCGUUAUGAGCAGAGCUUCAUGGCUAUGGACGAGCCACCGAUGGCUUUCAACGACUCGUGGGGCUUCGACGCUUGCAACGACAUCGCGGGGAACCCGGGCUGCUUUAGUUUGAGGUUGGAUGACAGCGGAGGAUCCAGUCGACAAGAGCAGAACCCCCCCGGGGAAAGAUGUGUUAACGGGUCAGCCUCGUUUACGAGUAGCUACACUCCUCCCAAAAUACUUAGUCCGCAUCCAUCUACCAGUAAAAAUUCUCACACUUUCACACCAUCACCACCUCGUCCCAGUGCUCGUGACCUGCCAGAGAUGACUGACAGCGUCCUGGUCGCAAACGUAUGGGACAGUUCAGGGGAGGAAGAAGAGGAGAUUCUUCCUCUCUCUCAGAGGUUGAACCCUUCUGAGCAGCUCAAAACACCAUCAUCUUCUCACAAUAAAAGACAUCACACUCUGGUGCCCAUUACUCCCAUGCCUCACUACUCUGAUAUGGAUACUCCCGAGCUCAAGAACAAACUCAACAGAUUCGGUGUCCGAGCCUUACCGAAGCGGCAGAUGAUCCUCAAGCUGAAAGAGAUUCACCAGUACACCCACCAGCUGCUCAGCUCUGAAGAUGAACACGAAGCACAGACGAGACUCCCUGCCUCCAAGCCGUCGGCCGCUGGCAGCGGGCCCGUCUCUUCUGACCGCAGACACCAGUUUAAGGAGCCCAGAGUGCCUGCUGCCGUAUCUCCUGGGAAACAUGAUAAAGGGCAAGAGGCGGACGCAGAGCCGCUGUCCAACUCUCAAGACUCCAACGCCUCUUCAACUACUGCAAGCGAAGAAUCCGAGAGGCCCAACCCAGAGCUGUGUCUUUCCUCCGGUGGCGACUCCGACAGCGACGGCGGCAUCUCCGCUUCCCAGGCAGCCACACGCCUCCGAGAUCGCUUGCUGGCCGUGCGCUCAUUCAUCCUGUCCAACCCCGACUUGUACAAUCAGAUCCUUCAGUACCAGCCUCUGGUCCUGUCUCAGCUCCAGGAGCGUCUCAAAGCAGCGGGGAUCCGCUUGGGAGCUGCCAAGCUGGUAGACUAUCUGGACUCCCAGUGCAUCACCUUCACCACGGCUAAACCGGGACAGCCCGCACCCUCUCGCAGGCGAGUCAGGAAAACAGGUAAAAAGGCAAAGGCGGCAGGGAAAAGACCUCCAAAACUGUAACGUUGAGGAUGAAAACAGGUAGGGAUGAAGCCAUUAGAAAAAUGAAAAUAAUGUUUUUAAGGACUAUGUUUUGAUUUGAUUUUCCUCGAUGGAAACAGUUUUAACUACUUAAGCAUGGUUCUUCAGGACAGCCUUUGUAUUUUAAGUAUCCUAAUAUUGGAUCUUUUAAAAGUGUGCUUUCACUAAAAAUAAAUGUUUUGUAUGAAUUUGUCUAAAACAGCCUUUUGAACUUUUUGUUAGGAAUAUGCUUGAAGUUGAACGUCCAGAUGAAAUGUAUUGCAAAUGUAUUGAUACACUGUGAGGUUGCAUGUUAUGACAUUUUCUUUAAUUCCUUAGUGAAGAACGCGGGAAUUCUGAAGGCAACAUUCGGGCAUGUAUACAGGAGGUAGGUAUAGUUGUGAUGCUAAUUCUAAGUGAGAUUAUUUUUAUCCUGGCUGAAUUAUACAGACAGGCAUUCUAUUUGUCAUCAUACUUUGCCAGAAUGAAGACAUACAUAUAUGUACAGUAAACCUCGGAUAUAUCGGAUUCAAUUGUUCCCACUGGAUUGUUCCCACGGAAAAUGUCCGUUUUACGCAUAUACCGGAUUUAUAUCCGGUAUAUGCGUAAAUCGGAUUUUAUCCGUUAUAAAAAGGCACUUCCUUGACUAUGUUUCCAAUGUACCUGGACGCGCAGGCAACGCUGCAAACGCUGCAAAUGACGUCGUAUAGCGGCCUGUCACGAUUCGGCGAGUCGGAGCGCCACGAUGCGGCCAUCCGAUAUAUGCGAGGGAAAUUUAAUGGAAAUGCAUUGGAACGGGACUGGAGAUUUUGUCCGAAAUAGGCGAAAUCCGUUAUAAAAAAUCCGAUAUAUGCAAUGAAUUUUUAUUGGAAAUGCAUUACAGAAAAAUCGGUUCUUUUUUAUCUGUCCGUUGUGAGCGAAUUUCCGAUAUAUCCGAGGUUUACUGUAGAAUCACAUACAGUUGCACUUUUUAACUAAUUAGUGAACCCACAUUGUAAAUGACUUAAGUCGAUGGACAGUUCUUAAAGCGACUAUUUGUAAUAUUAAAAUAUUCAGCAGUUUACAUUGUUUUUGCUUUGUUGGUUUAUGUAGUAGUGAAC